ACCUCUACAAAUUGGCGACUUCCUAUCUCGUCUUUUGUGACAAUCGUCGAUGAUCGCGCAAAGCCAAGAGUAUACUGUAUUUACUCAUCGGUUUAGCUGCCUAGCUAUUGUAGCUAGCUAGGCCCAACCAAGCCUACAACCAACCAAAUAGUAGUUGGAUAAUAAAUCAAUUUAACCCAGGGGCCUAGGCUCUAAUUCUUAGUUCUUAUAUUUUCCGUCAAUUAAUAAAGAAGAUCCUGUUCAGAUCUGAUGGCUGAGUGAUCUAAAGAAAUCGCAGGCCUUUAUGACGAGAUUGUUGAGGCAUUAGUCAUAUAUUUUCGCCUGCCAACACCAGGCCUUGGUCUAUUGCCCUAUAAUAAAUGUGAACCGACAGUUAACGGUGUGGUAGUUGUCUGUCCACAUAAUUUUCUUAACCAAUAUUAUUAUAUAGGCUAUAGAAGCUUUAUCUAAUUAUGGAGUUUUCUUGUGGGUUUGUUAAAAGCACAAAACAAAAAAAUAAAAGAAAACGCAUUGAUGGGGAGGAAGAUUUGGCAAAAGGGAAGUCGUCAAAUUUAUCGGGAGGAGCAGGUUUUACAAAGAAGAUAAAAAUAAAAAAAAUGGAAAUUGAACAACAAACUAAAAAAGAUGAUGUAGUCACUGGUGAUUAUUCAUCUGGUUUUCUUUCUGGAAUUUUUCUGUUCAUAUUGAAAGCCGGAAGUGGUAUGGGUAAAGCCAGGUGCGAUAUAUUUACCAAACAAGUGCAUAAAAAUGGGGGGAAAGUCACCUCUGAAAUAACUCCAAAAACGAGUCAUGUAUUAGUAGCUGAAGAAAUGACCCCUGCGAGAGUCUUCCGAAUCUUGAAUCUUAAUAAAUACACUCAUUCAGAAAACAUCAAAUUCGUAAAAGCAAAUUGGUUGAGUGAAACUCUCUCAGAGCAAAAAAUAGUGGAUACUACUGAAUUUGAAUUAGAUUUGAUUGACUAUGUCGCUAAAAUUGAUAAGAAAGCAACAAUCGUCCACAAUGAAACGAUCCAUGUAAAGGAAUUAUCAUCUGUGGAAAGCGGAAAGCUAAAUAAAGCCCCAUCGACUGGAUCAAAAUGGACUAGUCCAAAGAAAGAUGCCCCUAAAGAAGAGUUCCUUGAUAGUGAUGAUAGUAGCUACGUACCUAGUGAUGAUGAUGAUUACCAGCACCUCACAGAAACAGAUAGGCCUACAACCGCUGCAAGUUCAUCAACUAUUUCUCCUCCAGCAUCUCAUGCUUUAAAUAAAUUACCAAAAGGUGACUGGGUUUGUGCAAAACCAUCAACUACUCAACCGGAAAAUGUAAACAAACACAUCACCGAUAAACUGCAGAUACUACAGCAGGCAUAUGAAAAUACCAAAGACCAAUGGAGAGCAUUUGGAUACAAAAAAGCCAUUAAUGCCCUUAAGAAGCACCCAACUAAAGUGACGUCAUGGGAGGAAGCAAAUCGUAUACCAGGUGUCGGAUCAAAGCUUGCCGACAAGAUAAUCGAAAUAGUUGAAAGUGGUCACCUACGAAAAAUAGAUCAUGUUUGUAAAGGAGAGGAGAUGGAAGCAUUGAACAAAUUCAAUAAUAUCUGGGGUGUAGGACCGACAACAGCUCAAGGAUGGGUGCAACAGGGAUAUCGUACUCUGGAUGAUGUGAUGAAAAAAGCAACUCUAAAUCGACAGCAGACGAUCGGUAUGAAGUACUAUGAUGAGUUCCUGGAUCGUAUGCCAAGAGAAGAAGUUGAAGAAAUACAGAGAGUUGUCACUGAAACAGCACAUGAGAUCGAUUCUGGUUAUGUUUUAACGACCUGUGGAUCAUUUCGGCGGGGUAAACCCACAUGUGGAGAUAUAGAUAUAUUAGUCUCUCAUCCAGAUGGAAAAUCACAUAAAGGUAUUCUGGGCAAACUGCUGGAUGCGCUAAGGCUAAAACGACUCUGAUGUAGCGAUUUGCAUUUUGAUCAACACCGCGUGAGUAAUGGUGACGUCAGCGUUGACAACCCUUUAUAUAAAUCGUAAUAAGGUACUUUCCAGUUAAGCCUCAAACCAAGGAGACUCAAAUAGUAAACGAACUACCACCGAACCAUCAGCAGCAGGGAAAUCACGGUGACAUCAUUAUCUAUUAUCUAAGUAUUUUAUUUGUUGGUUGGCAGUUUAUAAAUCGGUACACGGAAAAUUUCAACAUUCGAACGUUUACCACACACGAAUUCAGUUAUAUAGAAGCAAAACAGCAAAUUGAAAAUGGAAGCCUUUAAUCAAGACUCAGCUAGCUACAUAAACAGAAGGAUGGCCAGACGCAAUGCACUGCCAAAUGUUAUGGAAGGCAUUGAGCCUAACCAGUUGCGGAAUCUCAGGGUGCCUCUUCUUGGUCUGCUAAAUAACGACCAUGCGUACAUCAGUGAUGACGAAGGCUGUGAAAUUGCACAUGCAAAAAGCCCAAACAGCUCAUCCGAAGGUGGUUUUAUGUCCAUUUUUUCGUACGACCUAGGCAACAAUAAGUAUCAUACAAAUGUGGAACAGCAGCUGAGUGCCGACAAGGACUUGUUAAACAGCCCGUGUUUCCGUCGUCGUCGAAAUGCCCUACCGGAUGCAUUAGCCAUACUUGACGACAAAAGCCGCCAGAAAAUAUGUACACUCCGUUCGAAGCACCGGGGGAUACUCGGAUCGAGGCCGUGGUAGUAACAGCAACGGAUCCAAAGACUGAUCAUUUUUGCAGAACUUUUUUUGUCAUAUCCGUUCAUCGAAACCAUUAUACAUUGUUAUCAUAACUAUAAGGCCGUGACGGUUGGUGACUCGCCAUGAAAGUGAUUUGAUGGGUUAAGACUUAAAUUGAAUAUCGUUAUUAAUCAUAUUCUGGUGUUGAUAUAGGCCUACGUUGUUCUUGGUGCAUGAACUUUUGAUUACUGAGCCAGGAAGUCGUUUACAAGAACAGUUUCACUUUAGUGCUGAACACGAGUAUUGUACUUUACACACAUCACAUAAUAAUGCGACAUCAUGAUGACUUAGUUAAGUUACCAUAGCAACACAAACUCGGAAUAAAACAUCGGGAAAUGGAUAAACUGGCAUGAUAAAUGUCAAGCUACGUUACAGUAAGCCACAAGUCGCACGUUGAUAUACGAUUCGUUCGGUUAUACUGAUUCAAUUCGCUAGUCGAUCGCAUUACCGUUACUCACCUGCGUGUUUGUUCGUGUAGGCCUGUGAGCACACCAAUAUAAAUUAUGUACGCCUAAUUAUUCAUUGGUGGAUUCUCUUAUGAACUCCUCUAGAUACACUUUGAUUAUAUGCAAUGUACUAUGACUUCAAAAUCAUAUCACUUUACUGUAAAGUGCUUCUUAAAAUGAUCUGUUAAUACUGUAACAAUGAUAUUUAUAAUAUAUAGGCCUAUAUAUGUAUAUAUAUAUAAAUUAUAAUUUAAACAUAAUAAUAAUUAUUAUUAUUAUUGUUGAUAUUAUUAUUGUUAUUUUGUUAAUGUUUAUGAUUCAUAUGUGCAGCUGGCAUACGCAUUCAUUGCACUGUAGUUAGUCAUAAUAAAUAUCUUUAAAACGCCAAUAUCGACCUUAAGUUCAACAUACAUAGGGACGAUAUUCAAUAUGACAUUUGAAUAAAAUAUAAUAAUGUUGUCAGAUGCCUAUGUGGGGUGUGUUUAUGGUUGUUUUUCCGGAGGGGAGGCGUUUGUGUCGUACAGGAGGUCAGUGUUGGUUCGAGUCGGUAAUGAUGAACUUGCUCAUGGAAGGUGUCCAACAUCCAACAGUUUAGAGUUUUUCCACUGAUCCAAUUAUGUGAUGUGAAUUACAGUAGUAGGCCGACUGCGUUUGGUAUUACCAUGAUGUAUAUGACGAAACUCCUAAUCAUAAUAUUUACAGAUUACAUCAUGCUUAUAUUUACAAAUUUACCAUCAAAUUCAAUCAAUAGGCCUAUUCCAUGUCAAUAGUCAAUGCUAUUAAUUAGGUGAUCAUUGAUUAUACCAAGGUUAUGUCAGCGUAGCCAUUGACCAUUGGGAGAAAAAAAAGGAGCAAAAAAGAGUUUCAUCGUAGUAACAACUCUAGCGGAAAAAUAGCUUUAUGGUAGUAUUUAAUAGUAUGCAAAACAAACAAUAAAAUAUUUAUGACCAAGUGAUUUUCUUUGUGGCCUAGCCCCUUAAUUUAUGUCCUAUAAUCAUUAAUGCAAACAGCACGUGUUUUAUAAGAUCUAUUUUGCCGUAGAUUUUCUAAAGUGCAUUUAUAUAAUUCCUAAAGUUUCUAUAUUGUAGUACACUGGGCUGUAAAUAUGGCAAGAAAACAUUUGAUUCUUUAAGGGUGUGUUAUAACAUGGUUAUGGUUAUAAUAACUCCUUACGUAUGUUAUCGUAUUGAACAUGAGUAAAUUUUGUACUGCGUCCGAUAUAUUAAUGCUUGUCUUCCUAGUUUGAGAAAUUGUGCGUAAAUCUGUUUAAAGUUGUAACUUGCAUUUGUUUGAUUAGUUGAUUUUGAAUUCUUUAAAACGAACGUCAGCUGGUUUGACUAGAGUUGUAUUUUUUUACGUUUAAAUUUUUUUUAAAAAAUAGACCUAAUUUAUUACUGUAUUUAAUGAAUUCAUUACCAUUAUUAUUAACUAAAUGUGUUACCCAGAAGUAUUAAUAAUGUUCUCGUCAUUUUGCGUUUUGCAGUUCAAUAUUGUACUUUUAUCGUUUGCUUGUUUAUAUUUAUGUACAUUUCUCCUUUUUGGAGGUUCUUUGAAAUAAAAUUUAGAUAAUUUGAAAUUUUGAAGUUUGAAAUUAAAUUUG